CGCCGAUUAUCAGUGUUACCGUAGCAACUAAGCGGUAAAGAUCGAAGCGAGUUCAAAGCGAGUUACAGUCCAAGUCAGUCAAAGCGUACGUUUUCGCGAGUGAAAACUUAUUACUAAAACAAGAAACAUGUCUCUGGUACCAUUGCUGUUCUCUGACUGGUGGGAGGAUUUGGAACGCCCGCAUCGGCUUCUGGACCAGAACUUCGGGCUGGGUCUCUACCCGGAGCAAUUGCUGUCGCCGAAUCGUGUGGAACUUUACAUGCAACCACGAAGAAAAUCGUACUACCGACCAUGGGCAGAACUUCUCCGUGGAAACGAGGCAGGCACUUCGACCGUCCAGGCGGAUAAAGACAAGUUCCAAGUGGUCCUGGACGUUCAACAGUUCGAGCCGAGCGAGAUCGAUGUGAAAGUCGUCGACAGAUACGUCGUCGUUACGGCGAAACAUGAGGAAAAACGCGACGAACACGGAUGGGUGUCUCGCCAGUUCGUGAGGAAGUACCUGAUCCCUGAACAAUGCGACAUCGAGCAAGUCACGUCGAAGCUGUCGACGGACGGCGUGCUGAGCAUCUCCGCGCCGAGGAAGGACCAACCGAAGGUAGAAAACGAGCGUCAGAUCAAGAUCGAACACACCGGCAAGCCGGCGAUCCAAACGAAGGGAGCCAAGCAGCAGAAGCAGCAGAAUGAGGAGAAGAAGGAGGAGAAGAAGUGAAGACUUGGUGUAUCUUCACAUUACAAUUCCUAUUUAACGUAAUAAUCAUAUUCACUAUUCCAUCGAUAGACUGCGUCGAUAUAAAUAUUCCUGUCGUAUUGUCUCCUCAGUAAAAUAAGAUGUGAUUAAUACAUUUAGUGAUAACGCAUUUCUUGUAAGUCGUUCGAAUCAUUUUUCGUUUCAUAAAAUCACGUUCUUUCGUUUAAGUUUCCACGAGUAUUGUGAAUAUACAUAUGUAUAGUCACUAGUCAACGUGUAUGUGUUUUUUAUGUUUGAAUAAACUUAUUAGUAAGCACUCUAA